ACAUAGUUCUGACUUGUUUCGCGCAAGCCAGGUUCACGUUCGCGAAUUGACACGAGUGAUACCGACCGCGUACGAUGUCGCGAAGCGCGCGGAACAUACGGUUAUUUUUACGCGCGUCGCAUUCGUGCGUCCUCGCGGUUGUGUUCAGGUUCUGUUUGAUUUCUCCUAUAUAGAUGUUUAUAAUCAUCAGACAAACGCGAUUUUCAAGCGCGAUCAUUCGGAAAUAAAAAAAAAAAUAAAUAAAAAAAUAAAAUAAAAUAAAAUUCAUUAAUACAAUACAAAAUAUAUACUUAACAUAAUGUCAACAAUUGUCCAUUUUAAAUUCACUUAAUUUACGAAUUUUUUUAUUCUCAUUUUCACGUGAUCGGAUUAAUUAUUAUUUUAUAUUUUUAUUAUAAGUGGUGCGGUGUUAAGUUUCAAUUUCAAAUUGUACCCGCCAAAAAUCAAUUUUGAACUUCAAAGAGAAAAUAACAUCAACGUGCAAUAAAUUUCGAUUUUUCUUUGACUUAUACGACCACUCUCUUUUUUGCUUUAUUGAGAACAAUUAAAAGAAGAAAUUUUUGGUAUAUAUAUAAAUACAAAACUCAGAUGUAUGAGUGAAAUUUGAUCUAUUAUUUGAUAGUGAAGCGUCUGUAGGUCAAAUAUUUUCACGUAUGACUCAUGAAGGACAUAUGAAAAGUAUUACAAAAUAUAUACAUUUGUGAUACAUAGAAAGGCGUAAUGAGUAACAGACUUCCUGUACCACCCUCGAGGACCAGCGUUUCUCGUAGAAGAGUCGCAAAAUUGUAUUCAACAACACCAAAUAAUCCCAAUGGCAACACAAAUUCUAAAUCUUCCGUUAGUCGACCAAUUCCGUUAAAAAUAAAAAAAGAAGCACCUGAUGAUGAAAUAAAGGAAUACGCAGCAUCAGCAAUGAGUGAAUUUUUGGGAUUGUACGGCUACGAAAAAGUGGACAGUGGAUGUACAAGAGGUUUAAAUUUGGAUCACUUUGUAUCGUCCGCAUCGUCAAAACAGCAUUCUUCGCGAACUUUGACCCGCUCUUUAGCAUCGAAAACAAUUGCCUCUAAUUCGCCAAUAUCUACAAAUCCUUCCGUUUCACCCCAUUCCAGAUCGUCGAGGUCACCUCCCACAAAUAUCUCUGUGAUAUCAAUUAAGGAAAACAGUGGUCCACCCACAUCAUCUCCACUCUCAUUACAAACGGGACUAGCCAGUCCUCGUGCUCAUGAGAAUAGUGAUUCAGCAUCCGAUUCACCAGAUGGUGCCACGAUGUGUUCUUGGUGUGGUCGAGCGGAAGGUACAUGGGAACCAGGAGGUGCUUGUGUCACCUAUGGAAAAGCGAGUAGUUCCGGUCAAUUUUGCAGUGAAUCUUGUUUUGCUGCGGGCAGACGAGCAGCAUUCAAAAGAGCAAGAACAUGUGAUUGGUGUAGACACGUUCGUCCUUCUAUGAGCUACACCGAUUUUCAGGAUGGUGAUAAUCAACUUCAAUUUUGCAGUCAAAAAUGUUUAAAUCAAUACAAAAUGAAUAUAUUUUGCCGCGAGACACAAGCACACUUGGCCCUACAUGGCCUCAACAAUACUAUUUCCUCAACGAAUCUCGGAACUGGUAAUUUAAUAACACCAGAACUGUGGUAUCGUGAUUGUAUAUCACCUACAAGUCGUUCAGAAGAAUUAAUUGUUGAUGACGAUCCAGUGACGAGAUCAUCAUCAAUUCAUGAUGAUGACGAAUCAUUAAAUCAGGAAGAGGAAAACAAAAGAGAAACCAAUAAUAAAUGUACAAAAGACAAAAAUUCUUUUCGCAUUCGAGAUAUUGCACGUAGGGGAAAAAAUGAAGAAGAUAUGGAUGUUAGAGUUGAUGAAGAUGAAAAUGUAAUGAGAAUUCGAAAAAAUUCUGAAAAAGAAGAUGAGCCUAGAAGACAAAAUGAACAGUUUAUGGAACAAAUAAGAUUUCAAUUCCCAGCGGAGAAUCUUUCUAAAUUUGGAACUUCUAUUUCACCUAUGAUUCGUGACAGAAGUAAAAAUUAUGUCAAUUCAACAAUUCAGGAUUCAGGAAGCUCUCAUGAAUUAGAGGGAUUUUCGAGAGAAACUUUAAUCAUAAAAGACACAUCUGAAUCGAUACAUAAAGAAAAUAGCAGAGGACGAAGAAACAUUCGAUAUGGAAUUACGAAACCAAAGAAAAGUUCAAAAUCGCCAACAUGGGCAUCAGAACAAUCAACUCCGACAUUAUCGCUUAUGGCGAACUCAACUCCAAGAAUUGUACUUCCUCAACAUACUCCAUUUAAAUUUCCGACACAUCUGGGUAUGCAUCCUGGAAGACCAUUAUUAGUGAGACCACCAAUGAUUCCCCUUCGUCCUCAAAUUCCCCUCAAUUCACCUUCAUCAUCAUCUUCAUCGACAACAACAACAACAUCAUCAUCAUCGUCUUCUCUUUUACCACCUGUAACUGUUUUAGUUCCAUAUCCAAUUCCAAUACCAAUUCCAAUACCAAUUCCAUUACCAAUACCAAUGUUUAGUAAAUUACUUAAAGAAAAUGGUGAUUUAUCAAUGAAAGAUGAAAAAGUCUCAGGAACAUCGAUACCAGAAGACUUAUCAAAACGAAAAGUUUCCACUUCAGAGACAAAAGAACCUCCAGAAGUAUCGGAAAUAAUAAAACCCCCCUCACCUUCUACUUCAGAUUUACAAACAACGAAAAUUUAUUCUAACGAAACAGUAGAAGCGAAAGUAAAACCAAUUUGUUUAACAUCGAAAAAUUCGAGACCUUCACGAAAGAGGAGACGAAAUCCUGAAACUUCAGAAGAAAUCGAAAUACAAUUAAAACGAAAAAUGUCGGUUUAAAAACGUUAAAUGCCUCUAGCCUUCUCUUUAUAUGGUGCUAUUAUAUGAUUUAUAUAUAUAGUUGUGUUUUAAAUGUACAACUUAUGUUUUACAUAAUAUGUAUUUAUCUAUUAAAACUGAUCGUGAUCUAUCAAUUAUUAUAUUUACUGUAGAAAACAA